CGCCGGCGCUGCCCCUGUCUUCUUCGCCAUACCACGAUUAGAGUGUUCCACCCGCCGAGCGAGGCGAUUCCGGCCCCGCAGGUUGGGCUUGCCGCGCGCGCGCGUGAGGUGUUCGACGCUUUGUGCCAGUGAGAGCGCGAGGCGCGCACUUGGGGCAUCCGGAGAUUGCUCGUCGCCUGCUGUUGUUACCCAUCACGUUGGCGCCUUGCCUGAUUUGCAGGUGCGUAUGGUAUGGACGGCCUGAUCAGCGCACACGCCGGCCUGAGGAGCUCGCUGCCUGUUCGUCGGUCGUCUGCAGCUCGGCCGCUACCGGCUUCGCAAGUGCCGGCUCGGUUCACGAGCCCUCCGUUUCGCUCUGCUAAGGUUUGCAAGAGCCGUGGUUUAGAGGCAGCAGCGCUGGAGGUCUCCAAGGACUGCUCCUCAGCGGUUCUUGCCAAUCUCCAGCCUUCCAAAGAUGCUAUUGAGACGUUGCGCAAUGCCGAUGCAGUAUGUUUCGAUGUCGAUAGCACUGUCAUCAUGGAUGAGGGUAUUGACGAGCUCGCUGAUUUCUGUGGGGCAGGGAAAGCUGUUGCCGAAUGGACAGCGAAGGCAAUGACAGGGGAUGUUCCAUUUGAGGAGGCACUGGCAGCCAGGCUGUCUUUAAUCAAGCCAUCUCUCUCACAAGUUGAAGAGUGCUUGGAGAAGAGACCGCCCAGGAUUUCUCCAGGAAUGGCUGAUUUGAUUAAGAAGCUAAAAGCUAAUAGUACUGAUGUGUUCCUUGUGUCAGGAGGCUUCCGACAAAUGAUCAAGCCUGUGGCAUUUGAGCUUGGUAUUCCUGCUGAAAACAUCAUUGCAAACCAACUGCUAUUUGGAACUUCUGGGGAGUAUGCUGGAUUUGAUCCCACAGAGCCCACUUCACACAGUGGGGGUAAAGCAAAAGCCGUGCAACAAAUAAAACAGAACCAUGGCUACAAGACGGUCGUUAUGGUUGGAGAUGGUGCAACUGAUCUUGAGGCUCGGCAACCUGGAGGAGCAGACUUGUUCAUCUGUUACGCCGGUGUUCAGAUGAGAGAACCCGUCGCAGCAAAAGCCGACUGGGUUGUUUUUGACUUUCAAGAGCUGAUAACCAAGUUGCCAUAAGUUGACUACUUACCGCAAUUGUGAACCUCGCAUUCUUGACGCUGAGCAGUGAAAUAAUUGCAGCCACAUCUCAAGCUGUAGAUGUCACUGGUGAUUCUUGGAUUUAGCUGAACUAUCUGGUUGUAAGUAUUUGAUAUUUUUUUUGCCCCCACUUUUUAUGGAUGAUCUUGAACCACAAGUUUGACGGUUAUGUUCCAAUAUUGUGAGUGAAGUAUGUUUUAAGUAACUGUUGAGUAUGAAGUAAUGAAUUACAUCACAUUUAAGUGCUGAAUCACACCUUUUGGUUUUGCAA